UAUGCCAGAUUACAUUGAAUUUGCCUAAAAGUAUAAAGAUAUUUGCAAAUGUCACUUUAUAUAUAUAAAAGAGGCACAUUUUUAUGAAACAGAUGAAAAUGGCAAAUUCGUUGAUGGAUGGCCAAGAGGAUAUUUUGGGUUUGAAUAUCCUUAACACAAAAACCAAGAAUAGAGACUUUAAAUGGCAUAAUUACUAAAAAAUAAGUAUAACAUUCCAGAUGAAUUUCCUAUCUAUUAAGAUAUUUAUCCAUAAAACUUAUUUGAUGAAUCCUUUGGUAUUUGGCCAGAUAAUCUUUGUGUUUUUAAAAAUAGUAGAUUAAUUUAUAGGGGCAUUAUAAAUUUGGAUGGAACAAGAAAUGGAAGUCAUACUAAAGAAUUAGAAGGAUAUCUUGAUAACUUUAAAUAUUGAUUAUUAGCUAGAGAGAAUAGUAUUUAAGAAUGAAUUUCUACAUCUGAAAUCAAGUUUAACAGAUAUGGAAAUGAAGUUAAAAUUGAAUACAUUUUCUUUUUGCUAUUUAAUAUAUAAAUAAU